GUUGCAGCAUUCUCACAAGUCACAAGUCACAUCCACUAAGAAUCCCCCCGAAAGAGUACGAUGCGAGGUCGAUUUCUCAACAUCGACUACUUCUCUACUCCGCCUUCUCAGGUAUACGAAGCCCUAGGCUUCCUCAAUCUCCCAGCUCCCGAUGAUUUCCCGGCUCCUCUCUUCCGCGACCGGAGCGAAGAGUUUCUUCGAUUCGAACCUGUCGAAGGCUUCUCUCUCCCGAUCGAUAAUCUCCCUAUCGGAGAUGCGUUAUCGAAGUUCCUCUCCGACGUGGUUCCCGAUCGCGUCAGCGUCGACUACGGAGCCUUCGAGAUGGAUUACUCUUCCCUCGGAGACGAGCUUAAGUUUAUUCUCGGCCGUGGAGAUCCUCAGUUCCUCGAGAAGAGUGAAGGAGAUGCCAUUGAGGAGAAAGUUACACUAGAUUUGAACAUUGUUCAGCUGGAGACUCCAGAGAUGGAUUUCGAAAUGGAGAAUAAGCUCUCAUCGAAGAUUGAGGAUCUCCAAUGUCUCUCUAAAGUUCUAGAGAUCGAAAAUGAGCCGGUUAAGUUCGAGGAGUCAGAUGUUAUCCUACAGAACUCAAGCGACAUCAAGCAGGAGAUUUAUUCUGUUGAUUGCAUUUCUUCUGAUUACUUCACAGAGAACAGUACUUCGGUGAGAGAAGAUGAAUGCUUCCGCAAGAAUCGACCAUGGUUCAGAGAUGCUGUAUUUCCCCUUCUAGAAGUGGAUGAAGUAAACUUGAACGAACUAUCAUGCUUGUCUAUGCGUGAUAAAGUAUUUGCUGUUCUCGAAAGGAUUGAGCCCAGAGAUAUGGAUACAGAGAGUUCUCUCGUUAUCAACUCUAAGGAGCUUAUAGGCUCUAAGGAUUAUGAUAUAUUGGAUAUCCUCUCUACGGAUUGCUAUUCAAACAAGAGUGUCCAGUCUGAUGUGGUACCGCAGGAAAUUGAUAUAGUGACUAUCUUGGAAAUACCAAAUCCUGAGGAAAGCUUUCAGUUUGAUCAGGGGAAGCUGGCUGUUGAUGUGGUCUCGGUAAAUUUUGAGGAAGUUCAGAUCUUGGAUGUGGAGAUAUCUGAUGUUUUCAGCAGCUUCUGUUGUCUUCAACAACCCAUUGAACCAGAAAUAUGUCCCGGGAUGUUCAGUGAAGAGAUGAACUUCAAGAGUUUCGAUGAGUUAGUUGUCAGUUCUGAACUUGCCUUCGCAGAUGAUGCCUUCAAGUCUAUGCCUACUCCUAUCUUAAAUGAUUAUGAGAUAACAAGAUCUCUGGAACUCAUUUAUGAGAAUUAUUUGUCAAAGAUCAAGCCUCAAGCGUUUCCGGCAUCAAAUGACAUAUACUUGCCGCUAAACCUUCUUGAGGAGACAAAGCACAACCAUGAAGCCCAUUUUUGUGAUUAUCUGUCUGAAGCAAUAGUUACAUGCAACAUUGAUUAUGAUUUGGAAUCGUUACAAGGAGACAGAUGGGUUUAUGAUUUCGUGCUCUCUGAAGAUGCUUUCUGUCAGCCACUUGUAGAGAGAUGCACUGAACCUUUUUAUGGUAUAUCUACCCUUGAUGAGUACCCUCCAGUCAAUACUUCUCAUGGGUUAUUGGAACGCCCUUGUCCAGAAACAGGAUCCGGGGAUUGUGGAAGGGAUGAUUACGCUAAAAAGGCUGCCCUGGUGUUCAAAUCAAUGUCUGCUUUUGAUGACUUAACUUUUUUCAUGGAUCCUCAGAAAGCUGUGAUUGAAGAGAAUCUUGAGUCUAGAGUCGAAGCUGCUAAGACUGCCAACCAUAAAAUUACGUCCACUGACUCAAAGGCUUCAUGUAUAUCUGGUGGCAUGCACCCAAGCUCGAAGACAGAGGAUAUGAAAGUUCACAGUGUUCGCCCUUCAGAAAAUAUUCUGGCCCUUGUUCGGGAUUUUGAGAAGAGCUAUUUAACUCUCGUGAAGGAUGAACAAGAGUUGAUUUCAACUUUAUCAGAAGAUAAACUGAAGUUACUCAGCAUUUCGAAAGGAAAGCUUAUCGACUGCAUACGAAAGGCAAAUGUCCACAAAACACCGUCAGCUGAUGAUAAGACCUUCACGUUUGCAUUGCUACUAGCAAUUAAACAGAUGACAUGGUAUUUAUGUUUCUUUGGUAUCCGUGUGGCAUAUCUCUAUCUUAACAAGCUAUGUCGGAGCUCAAAUCCCAUGAAGCUAGGAUUGCACACGCUUUACUCAUCAUUUGAAUCAGAACACAUGUCAACUGAGAGAGACAUCACUAGAUCACAUCCAUCCCUAGCUGUUAUCCAGGGGAUUUUACAGUCAAAAGUUGUCCGUGGGAAUUCCAAAGCGUUACUUUUGGCGGAGAAAGUUUUUUGGUCCUCGCUGAAGAGGCUAUUGGUGUCCAUGGGGUUAUCUUACAAUGAGCUCAACAGUCCGUCCCCAAGUGGAAAUCAACUGAAUCUUAAUGAAGCAACAGAACCUUGUUCCCUGCCAACCACAGACUGUCUGCUCGUCGCUUACGAGCGCAUUUCUCCAUCUUUUCCUGUGGAGAAUUUCAGCGUCAUUGUAGAAUAUGGAGGUCCAAAUGCAUCGCCCAGAGUCUCAUCUCCUUUAAAGUUGGACUCCUUUCCUUGCUUUCAUUUUAUAAAAGUGGAGCUGGAUAUGUCCAGUGCGUCCGGGCAACUCUCUGCAGGUGUUACAGUACCUUAUAGUCUCAAAAUGGUAAAGGGAGAUGAAUUUGAGAUGAAAACUGGGUGGUUGGAAGAAGUGUUGAACUUUGUUCCACUUGAAAGUUUGUGUUCCGCUGAAUCUUCAGAAUCUACGAAGGAAUCUAAAUUUGACUCCGUGCCGCAAGAAUCUGGAAGAAAAUUUGGGAUAAAUGAGCAGGGAGUUCUCUCUGACCAAAGAGCUGUGAUUGUAGUGAACACAAAAACUGUUGACAAGGAGAUGAUAAUAUCCAGAAGAAGUACAUAUCAAAAGGUCUUGGCAAUGGAAAAAGAAGGAGUGCAAGUUGUGGAGCGCGAUUCCGAUCUACCUGUGGACCUGAUGCUAAGUCCUGCGAUUUGUCUAGUCUGGUAUGAUUGUGGAAAGGUUAGUAAGAAGUCGGGUGCCACUAUUGGUGCUUCCUCGAGCUCACUUUCAUGGAUUGGGGAUAUCGCAACCAAUGUUUUGACGUCAUUGAGUUUCGGUUUCAGCACCUGUGUUAUGGUUUUUGAGGGGGUACCCACUUGCCUGGCUACAGUAAUGGACUCUUCUGAUGAACUGUAUGCAGCAGCUGGCAGCCUGGGAAUCAAUUUACAGAUCUUUUACUCAUCGUCAGCUGAUUUAAGUGAUGAAAUAAUACUGAGGUGUAUCAAAUCUUCUGUUAAAUCUUCACAAGUCCAUGCCAAAAUGCCUGAGUCAGAAUCUCUUGCAGAAUCAUUUCUCACCAAGUUUCCUUCCGUGAACCCGCUUACAGCUCAUGUAAUUCUGUCAUCUUCUGGAUCACUUCUCGAAUUCAUGAAGCUCCCACAUAGUAGCAAGGUUCAAAUGUUGCAAAAGUAUCAUGUACCUGAAGAGAGUGUUGAACUCUUCAGUUCAUUAUGCAGAUACGGUGCAAGGGAGGACUCCAAAUCUGUAAUGACAGACAGCGCUUCUUCUGUAUCUUCUGGAGCUGACUCAGACACCCACCAUCUCAAUGUCCAUUCUGGUUCGAAAAGGAAACAGUACAUUACUGGGAAAGACGAGACUGAUAUGGAAGACUCGAUCCAUUGUGUUCCUUCGACAGAGUUUGCUGGUACGAAGCGCAAGCCUUCAGGGGAUUUCCAACUUGAUGAUCCUUGGUCAUCUAGAGAUCAUGAGAUGUUUCAUUUUGACCCUGUCACUGAAUUCCCCGAUGCACCUCUCAAACCUUCUGGGAUCAUUCAUCCUAACGACUCUUGGCCAUCUAAAGAUCCUGAGAGGUUUGACAAGAAGUCAGGACCUGGUUCUUCAUCGAAGGACACGUUCUGGGAGAAUGAUUUUGGAGCCGAGGACAACCUUCCUGGAUUUGAAAGUUGGAGUUUCCCCGUUACAGAUGAAUCCAUGAGUCAGAACAGAGGACGCAAGUUUCCUGUGAUGGGACAAGUUAACUUGCACGACACUAGAAACUCAGCGAACUUCAUGGGAGACUACAAAGGUGAAGUUAUCAACAUAGAGGAUCGUAAGUUUCUCGAGGAAGAUCUCCCUCCUUCUCCUGGUUAUAACCGGUACUCUCCAGUAGUUUCUGAUGUUGCUGAAGAUCAGAGAAAAUCGAAGUCUGCAAGGAAGUUAUCUUUCUCUGAAUCUAUCCAGCCUAUCUUCCCAACAGCAGCUGAGAUUAACUUCAGUUCUGAGAGGUUACCUACUACUCCUUCGCGUGGCUAUCUUGACAACUUCCCAGCAAAACGUCAACGGACCCUUCUGGAGGAAGUCUUAACACGGAGAUCUUCAGUUUCCACAACAGAUCAUCCAUUUCAAGAAGAGAUAUCACAUUUUGGUGGGUCUCCACUAUCAAACGCAAUCCGUUCUCCAGAUCCAGUACGACGUUCUCCUUGGACUGUUGAUUUUCUCAACAGAGUCAGAGAAAGGAGUACAGAAAGGAAGCAGCAACUAUCACUUCUCUCUCAUCUCACUCCUUCUAGUCUGGAAACUCGAGUUGACCCAAAGAAACCUAAUAUCAAGAGGAAGAGUCCUUCCAUAAUAGAAUUUUUCAAGCAUAAAGGAGGCAACGCUCGUAGUAGCAGAGUUCCAGAAGAGAGAAAGCAGAAGCGGUUCAAGAAUUCUUCAGCCUCGCCACAAAACGAGAGAUUUGACUCGCUUCUUAGGUCGUAUACGCCAGUUGAUAAGCGAGCAAAACAGUCUCUAUCUUUCGCUGGGAGUGGAUCUGGAGGCCAAACAAAACUGGUCUGGAAGUAAUGAACAGUCAGAAAUUCAGUGUGGACCAAUCUUUAUCUUCCUGGUGGAGAAGAAGAUAUGCUACAUCGCGCUAUCUGAUUCGUCCUACCCAAGAAAGCUACUUUUUCAUUACCUGCAGGAUCUUCAGAAGGAACUUGAUAAUUUCGGUGAGACAACACUUAUCCAAACAACCUCAAAACCCUAUAGCUUCGUGAGGUUUAGUAAGAUCAUAGGGAGAAUAAGGAAGCAAUAUAUGGAUACGAGAACACAGGCUAACCUAUCG